CCCCAGAACUGGGGCUCCAACAUUUCUUCCUCUCCAUUUCCCCCACGAGUCUGAGCAGGAUGCUGCCCUGUCCUAUCACUUCCACCCCUUUCUCGGUCAAAGACAUCUUAAAGCUGGAGCAGCAGAGCGCUCAGAGCGGGGACCCUCAGGGAUUCCUCCCCCAGGAUCUGCAAGAGCCUCCGGCCCUGCAGCCUGCCCCUGCUUGUCUGCGCAAGAAACAAGAGGCUGCCUACAACUCUGGGGACCUUCCCUUCCCGGUGGAAGUCGAUCAGCGCGGAAAUUGCAGGAGGCGUGAGGAGGAGUAUGAGCUCCUGAGAAGCUCCUGUGAAGAAGACGACGACAUGGACCUAAGCAAAUCGCUGCCCGCGGACUCUUUCGCGACCCCGGAGAAGAAAGACGACCCGUGCGAACGGCCCAAGCAAAGGCAGAGGCGGAAACCCAGGGUUUUGUUUUCUCAAGCGCAAGUUUUCGAGCUGGAGAGGCGGUUUAAGCAGCAGAAGUACCUCUCGGCUCCGGAGCGGGAGCAUCUCGCCAGCCUGCUGAAACUCACCUCCACGCAGGUCAAGAUCUGGUUCCAGAACAGGAGAUACAAGUGCAAGAGACAAAGGCAAGAUAAAUCGCUGGAGUUCUCUGCCCACCCCCUGCCUCCCAGGAGGGUAGCGGUCCCCGUACUUGUCAGGGAUGGCAAGCCCUGCCUUGGGGGCCCACAGGGUUACACUGCCCCUUAUAAUGUCCCGGUCAGCCCUUACUCCUAUAACGCCUACUACCGCGGUUACAGCAAUAGCCCCUACAGCGCAAACUACAGCGGUAGUUACGCGGGGGGCCCCGCUCGUACCGCGCCCGCCGGUCACAUCAUGAACAUGAGCUUUUGUGUUUCCAGCGCCGCUCAGAACCAGCAGGGUCACUUGCAAGCCACGCUGCAAGCAGGGAUCAGGGCUUGGUAAAGGGCUCCCUUGAAACCGACCACCUGGAAGAUGCUGAACCUCUCUGCAGGGCAGGAGGGGGGGGGGGAUCAGAAGCCCCGGACCCGGACAGUUCCUGCUCAGCCCCCUUCCACCUUCUUCCGCCCCCAUGGCUGGGCGCUGGGCCUCCCCCUGGAGACUGUGUCUUUCAAAAGCCGUUGUGCUAGAAGAAGGGGCUCUCUGGCGCUUUCACGCUCUGAUCCCUGGGGACUAAGCUCCUGAUCACUUUAUUUAUUUAACAUGGGUGUUUUUAAAGACAGCCCUUCCUCUCUCUCUCUCAUCUCCUGCCCCCAAAGAGUAUUUGCUUCUCCCGCAUGCAAGAAGAGUAGUGAUCCUCCGAGCCCAACCAACCAACCCUCCUGUCUUUCCUAAAGACAAAUGUGGAAAGUACUUUGGCUGUGCACGUUUCUGCACAUCUAUUUUCAGCGGACCAUUUUAUUUAAUUCCUAAACAAAAAACUUUUAUCCUCUGUGAUAAAGUUCGGAUAUACCUAUCUUCAUUCCUGCCCAGCACACGUUUUUCAUUUGUGUAUUUUUUUCUAUUAAACAAGAAAAAAGAAAAAAACCCACCACCAUUUUUUCAAUUACAUUGUUCACACUUUUAAAAAAACAACAACAAAAAAACUCUCCUGUCUCUUGCCCCGCUCAAAGAAUGUGCAGUUACCAGGAAAUCGGAUUCAGCACAGCGAUUGGAAAUAAAGGCUCAAGGUAUCAAAGAGAGAGAGAGAGAGAGAAAGGUCAUAGUCUCAUGGCCUGAGCACAGCUCUGUGAGCCAGGAAUUCCAGAGCUCUGAUCUCUGACACAGCCUCCUUUCCCAGCAACCCUGGGCAAAUCCUUGAACCUCUCCGCUUCCCUUCCCCAUACCUACAAUAGGUUCAUUUUAUUUCACAGGAGAGCUGUGGGGGUUAAUUCAUUAGUUGCUGGGUCAGAUCUUCAGCUGGUGUCCAACAGCUUAAUUAUAUUGAUUUCAAAGGAGCGAUGGCGAUUUACACAGCUAAGGCUCUGGCUCUCUCUCUCUAUAAAGUGCUUUGCAGGUUACAAGAGCUACCUAAGUAUUAAACCUGGAAGAGCCGCACACGGUUUCCAAGCCUGAGGAGGAGAGCUUUUCAAGAGUCACUUCUGUGCUGGCAUUUCCAGGGGCAUUAGAUAUGUUGUAAAUAGCUAUACUGAUCAGUUUGGUUGGUACUGUAGAAAUCUUUUUCGAUGACUACACAAGGACAUGGUUUUAUUGAAAUUUAUUAUAUUAUUAAAGAAACGCUGUGUAAAAGGAUUAGUAUUUCUCUACACCGGAAUGGCAAGAGGUGGAACCACCGCCCAGGGGAAGAUGCUGCUCUCAUAAAGGAAAAAUUAUUUUCAGACAGGAAGCUGUCACGCUUCUAACUUUUUUUUUUUUUUUUUGUAGAGCAUGGUGAGAGUUCACAGGGGGCAUAAUUUUACCCGUUCAUUUUUCUAUCACAAGCACGGUGGGUCAGUCUACACACAGGUGCCCUUAACGUCAAGGGGAGUUC